AAACCUGCGUCAGACUUCGUCGUGACAAUUGCCAUGGUAAUUUAUCCAUACCAUGGGGAGGUCAUUUAUCCCACAACACAGCCAUAACCACGUGGAAACCAGAGGUGUGGGCAGGUAUUUUGCAGAGCUGCAGACCACCGUUAAAGGGGUAAACAGUUGCGAUAAGCCUUAACCUGCACAAGUUAAUGCAAUUACAGUAACCAAACUUGUGGCAGGCGUUGAGAUCCUGCGUCAGAUUUAAUUUACGCACCAUGCGCCCUGUGUGACUGCAAGCAGAUCUCGGAUCUCUGGGCGCGCAGAUGUUGUGUACAGAAACAGUGGCUGAAUGAAGAGACCGUCCACUCACUUUGGAUUCAUCCUGUCACGCUGACUCGAACGGUACAACCCACUCUGCUCAUUACAUACGAUUGAAGAAAAAAAAGCACAACUUUCUUUCCCUGCUUCCUCCUGAUCACCUCAGGCUCUCCUCGCUUCCUCCUCUACCUUCAACCUGAAGGCGCUCCGGUGUUGCAGCCAUGCCAAAGAACACCAAGGUGACCCAGAGGGAGCACAGCAAUGAGCCGGUCACUGAGUCGGUGGCUGACCUGCUGUCCCUGGAGCACCCCAUGGACUAUAAGAGCAGUCAGAUGAGUAUGGGUCUGAGUCCCGGCUCUACUGCCCCAGUAAAGGCCCUGAUACCCUCCCCUGACCCAGACGCAGAGGACGGCCGACCGGCCUGGAACAACAAGCUGGAGUACAUCCUGGCCCAGGUGGGCUUCUCUGUGGGCCUGGGUAAUGUCUGGAGGUUUCCCUACCUGUGCCAGAAGAACGGAGGAGGUGCAUACCUGGUGCCCUACUUUAUUCUCCUCAUCCUCAUCGGCAUCCCCCUGUUCUUCCUGGAGCUGGCAGUGGGUCAGAGGAUCAGGCGUGGCAGCAUCGGGGUGUGGAACUACGUCUACCCACAGCUGGGAGGCAUCGGGGUUUCCAGUCUGAUGGUUUGCGGUUUUGUGGGGCUCUACUAUAAUGUGAUUAUCGGCUGGAGCAUCUUCUAUUUCGUCCAGUCUUUCCAGUAUCCACUGCCUUGGGCUGAGUGCCCCAUCCAAAGAAAUGGAACCCAAGCCAUCGUGGUGCCGGAGUGUGAGAAGAGCUCGGCCACCACUUACUUCUGGUACCGCCAGACUCUCAACAUCACCAGCACCAUCGACGACACGGGCGGCCUGAACUGGAAGAUGACCCUCUCCCUGCUGGUGGCUUGGAUCUUGGUCUGCCUGGCUGUCAUCAAGGGCAUUCAGUCCUCUGGGAAGGUGAUGUACUUCAGCUCUCUCUUCCCGUAUUUGGUGCUUUUCUGUUUCCUGGUGCGAGGUUUGAUGCUGAAGGGAGCGGUGGACGGCAUCGCUCACAUGUUCACCCCUAAGUUGGAAAAGAUGUUGGAGCCGCAGGUGUGGAGAGAAGCAGCCACGCAGGUCUUCUUUGCUCUCGGUCUGGGCUUCGGAGGCGUCAUUGCUUUCUCCAGCUACAACAAGCGAGACAAUAACUGCCACUUUGAUGCAGCACUGGUCUCCACCAUCAACUUUGUUACCUCCAUCUUGGCCACUUUAGUUGUGUUUGCUGUCCUGGGGUUCAAGGCGAAUGUCAUGAACGAGAAGUGUGUCAUUGAUAAUGCAGAGAAGAUUCUGGGCUUCCUAAACACAGGCGUGCUGAGCAACGAGCUCAUCCCUCCUCACAUCAACUUCUCCCACCUGUCCACCCAUGACUACGCAGAGAUGUACGGCGUCAUUAAGACGGUGAAGGACGACAGCUUCGGACAGCUGGGCCUGGACGCCUGUUUGCUGGAGGACGAACUCAACAAGGCGGUUCAGGGCACUGGUCUGGCGUUCAUCGCCUUCACAGAGGCCAUGACACAUUUCCCUGCCAGUCCCUUCUGGUCUGUCAUGUUCUUCUUCAUGUUGAUCAACCUGGGUCUGGGAAGCAUGAUCGGCACCAUGACCGGCAUCACCACACCCAUUCUAGAUGCUUUCAAGAUCCGCAAAGAGAUCCUGUGUGUGGCUUGUUGCAUCAUAGCCUUCCUGCUAGGCCUGCUGUUUGUGCAGCGCUCAGGGAACUAUUUUGUCACCAUGUUUGACGACUACUCAGCUGGUUUGCCUCUGACUGUGGUGGUGUUCCUGGAGAACAUCUCUGUGGCCUGGAUCUACGGCACUAAGAGGUUCAUGCAGGACCUGGAGGACAUGCUUGGUUUCAGGCCGCACUCCUUCUAUUACUACAUGUGGAGGUACGUGUCGCCAGCUAUCCUGGUGGUUCUCAUUGUCGCCACUGUCAUCGAGAUGGCCAUCAGUCCUGCAGGAUACAACGCCUGGGUGGAGGCUGAGGGCGCUGAGAGUUUCCACAGCUACCCUCCGUGGGCUUUAGCCAUGGCCUACUCCCUCAUCGUGCUGGCAAUGCUGCCUUUACCACUCGUCUUCAUCGUCCGCCACUUCAACCUGAUCUCAGAUGGCUCCAACAAGCUGUCCGUCUCCUACCGUAAAGGCAUGAUGAAGGAGAUCUCCAACCUGGAAGAGCAGGACGAGCAGCGCUUCAUCCUCAACAAGAUCCCCAGCGAGGCUCCUUCCCCGAUGCCCGCCCACCGCCCCUACCUGGGCCCCGGCGGCACCCAGGAGAUGACCAACACCAACUACGGCACCAGCACCAAGACGGGCUACCAGAACAUUGGCUCGCCCGAGUCUGAGCUAUGAUCCACUGAGCUCAUAGAUCCUCCCGUCUGUUAAACCCCAGCCCUGCUUGGAGAGAGGGAGACAGGAAGUAAGGGAGGAACAAAGGAAGUCAAGAGGGAGAGAAAAUCCACUGCCAGUUGUUGCAGCGUUCUUCACACCUUAACCCCCAGAGCUGAGUCCCUCUAUCCCCCUUUUGUCUGCCAUAGGAUCUGUGCUGCCAAAUCCCAGCUAAAAUUAAGGGAUCAUGGGAAUGUGAGUCCCACCAGAUCUGACAACCAUUUCCAUCUGUCAAUGUAUUAAAGGGGCAGAGAGAGAGGGACAGAGACAAGAACAGAGGGAGCAAUGAAAGGUCCACUGAGGGCUUCAAUUCAGGCUGUUUUGUCAUAAGCUAUGGCCGAGGUUAAGCUGUGGGCAGCGCUAAAAUGCUUUACGUUGUGCUGAACCAUGUGUUCACCAGUUUGGAGAAGGUUAUUUUUGAGACAGUUGGAUGUUCCUCGAUCUAGGAGAUCAUCAUCUCUUUCUGGUUCAGUUGUAGAAGAUUGUUCUUUGUGGGGUUAGGAUGGAAGGAGACUAUUUUCGUGAUCUGUAUCACCGUGUGAGAAAAUGUCUCAUCUAGAAAACAAAAUGAUUACAAAUGCAUCCAUAACAGUAUGUAAUACGUGAUUCUGAUAGUUUAAACAGUGUUUCAAGCACAUUACAUCUUUAUUGUGCCUCUCAUGCAUCAGCAAUAAUAACCAGUCAAAGUAGGGUCCUCGUAAAACUGUGGAUCUCCUUCUAUCCCCACUGUUCCCACUGAUGUAGAAUACUGUACAUAUGUGUUGUGCAAUAGUCUGAGAUGUCGCCGUAAAUUGGGUCUAUACAAAUUAUUGGAAACUUUUCACCUCUUCCUUUCUUCCCAGUGAACACCGAAGCACAGUCUCCUGCUAUCGUUUUAGAGCAUCUCUGAGCCUUAACACAGAGCAGCACUUUUCUUUGAAACAACCUUUCUCCUCGACAAACGAGGCUCUGGAGCUGUUGCCAACAGCGCUGCACACGUCGUCUCUGUGCUGUUCCAGUCGCAGCUGGUCUAGACAAAGCUUUUCCAUUUGAAUCAAUCCUUUUAAUCAAGCGAUUCCAUUUGAAUUGAUGCCUUAAAAGGGCAGAGGGGGCAGUGCACGUGCAGAGAUAAGCAGAGAGGCUUCACGGUUGUCUGUGUGUUAGAGAAGCAGGUGCAGAAAGAAUAGGAAAAUGUGAGCAUUGUCCUUGUAUACGUACAGACGUGCACGUGCAAGUGUGUGUGCGUCAGUGUGUCGUCUGCCGCCGAAUGAGAGCUCCUGGUGACCCUGCCGCUUUAAAAAUAGAGCUGCGUUUCCCAGGGGAAGCCGUGGCAACGCACCAUAGAUACAGAUCCUCUUCUGAUGUGGAGGAGGAGGAAGAGAGCGGACACCUUGCUUUGUCUGCUUCACCUGCACGGCUGGUUGUUCAGCAAUACACAGAUGAGACAUUUUACUGUUGAGGUCCUACAACAAUACGUCUCUAAUGUUGUUACAGUGCAUUGAAUAAGAGGUUCAGUUCCGUGCCGCGCUUUGGCUUUAUCAUACGUCACACCUACGAGGAAGAUGUUUGGGUUUAAUUGUUGUACAUUCCUCAAAUUAUGACCACUACGGACAUCAUUUCAUAAGCUCUACAAUUUACAAUUUGAUGUAUUUUUGUGAACUGAGGUGUGAAGACUUUUUUUAAUGUAUAGUCUCGUAUGACGAUGUAUGUUUAGGGGGAAAAUGUGCAGUGAUAUAAAGGUUUCGAAAAAGUGGUAAUACACAGAUUUCACCACUGGGUGUCUCUGCUGGCGUGCGGAGGAGCCAAUGACUCUCGGUCUGGUGGCCCCUCCCUGAGACAACAACAAUACUUGAGACUGAACAGAUGUAGUGUGAAACACACUCAGUCACAUUGUUUGGUGCCUGAACAGCAUCCCUGUUGUCUGUUUGCCUUAUGUUUUUGUCAGUUUGUUUUCCCGAUUAUGUAGUGAGUUUGGACCAAUGUCUCGUCUCAUUCACUUGAGCACUUUAAUUAGGUAGAGACCCUGGAGUCGUUUGUUAAGUACAGUUUUGACAAAAGCGUCGUCGUUACUCUCAAAAAUUCUGUCACGGAAUAUGUUUUGGUUAGCAAUAUUUAUAUAAAGAAAGAUAGAGGACUGAAUAUCCAUAAAAGGCACAAAUACACAAAUGUAUCGCAAGCCACUUUGCAAAAACAUCUCACGUCGUUUCUUGCGUGUCAGUACGGCAGAUAUUUAUGUCUUCAAAAUUUGAGCAUUUAUCAAGUUGUAAUGUUUCAUCUUAUGAUGUUAAAAGCGUGUUGAUGCGUUGAAUUUUGCCUUGUUAUCGCACCAGUAUUGAUAGAUACGUCCAAGUCAUUGGCUGGCACCGCUGGGUCCUCUCUAUCAUAUGUAAUGUAAAACCAACACCCAUGUUGUUAUGAUAUGUGGUAAUGGGACCUCUUUAAUGGCUCAGGUUUCAGCCUACAGAAGCUGUGAUAUAUUGCUUGGUAUAUACUGAAGUAAUUAACAGUCUAAUUCCCUAACACCUCUAUAUUAUCUAUUUUCCCUCCUGUCUCUCAUAUCCUGGCAUGUUUUUCAAGGUUCUGUUGUCACAAAUUUUGUAAGAAUAAGUAAAGUCGAGAAAGUCUGCAUUACAGAGUGAAGAGCGGUAGUACAUCACUACGAGUAUGUACCACUGUGAAAAUGAAACAAUAGAAAAACAAGUGGAUCUUUGCAGACUAGUCUAAAUAACAGGAAAAGUGUUUGUACUCCAUCCUGAAUGUGUCAAGAUAAAUGAACAUGUAAACAUGCCUUAGCUGGAUAAUAACCUGUUCAGUCACUGAAAGUGAGUGUGCAAAAAAACUACUGUGUUAACAUGUACAAGAAACCAGAUAUUUUUGGUCAAUUGGCUUGCGAUAUAAACGGCACAUGACCUCAGGUGAGUAGAGGUGAGGGCACUCAUCUCUACUCACCUGCAGCUUUGGCUUAGAGUUGAAGCACAUAUUAUGGAAGCACAGGAAAGUGAGCACAAACGAGCUUCAUGCCUUGGUGAGCAAGCACCAGUCAAUGAGUUAAAAUAGAGCCAGUGUGGAUGAACUUGAUGAUAUGACUUGCAGAUCAUGUUAGGUCUGGUCUGAUUCCUGCAUCCUCCUGGGGCUCACUGGAGGAUCUGCACAAUUAAAUGCACUUCAAUCUUCACAAUAAACUAAACUGCACCAUUGGUUUGUUCUGUAGCUGAUCCGCACAAUGAUUAAUUGAGGGGUUAGGAGAGAGCACAAUCAACAGAGUUUAUAUAGUCUCUCAGAAACAGCAUCCUCAUGUUUAAACCCCUGGCUUAUACAUGAUGCACAGUUUGUCACAUUUCACCAAGGAGUUCCCACCUCUCCAGGCACAGCAGGUCUUUGCCUCUUAAGUUUAAAAACACUGUUGAAAUACUUUGCACAGUGUAAAAAUAUCUUCUCAUGUUAGUUCAGAUUUGCUCAAUGAUAAGAUAUUGGCAUUUAGCAUUGGUAUUUGAUAUUUCUUAUUGAAAACAAAGACUCCAGGGUCUCGCUGUCUUGUCUAUGUGUCAGCGAUGUUGCAUUAUGUAUUUUAAAGCAACUUCUAGAGGUUUACUGUGAUUAAAACAAUAAAAACAGAGUAAUAGUGUAUUUAAUUAACCGUGCAAAUAGUCUUUAUGUGACAAAAAAACAUAGUUAUAUUUAUAGUAUUUAAGACGAUGUAUGUAAUCUGUACAUAUUGAUGUACAUUCUGAUAAAUUCACACGGAGUAUCUACAGUAAGAGUGACAGGGUGUAAACUUGAACUGUAAAUAAUAAUUGUAUAUUUUGAGAUAUUUUUUGAUUUUUGUAAUGUUACUUUGGUGUCUGUUGGUGUCUGGUGUUAGUGUGUGGUUGUUCUCAAUCCAAAUAGCUGAGCGCCUGUACUUGUGUGUGAGUGUGUGUGUGUAUACGGGUGUGUGUGUGUGUGGGUAUAUGUAGGUUUUUUGGUGUUUAAAUGUGUUCUUUUUUCUCCUCUCUCAGUGUUGUGUGCUGCUGAUCUAAUUCAGUAGAUUAAAUCCUGUUGUUUCAGUGAACUGGGACCACUAAUGUAAGCAAUCUCUCCUUUGUGUUUCUGGAACUACAGCAGUUUCCAGCACAAAACUGACAACACGAUCAGAAGGAAAUGUCUGAUGAGAAAGACACCGAAGUUUUUUGGUUUAAGAGUGUGGAACAUGAUGGAGCGAACAGGAAAUUAAAAUAAACAGUUUUAUCAAACAGA